UUUUUGAGCGGAGUGGUAGGUUAGCUAAGGUAGUUAGCUGCAAUGGACCUUAAGGAAAGAGUAAUAUCAUCAUUAAAGAAACACGAUGUUGGCGACGAGUUUUCGUAUAUACGUUCUUUGUCGAAAGCUUCAGUACUCAUUCCUAUUUUCGUCAGCGAAAGGGAACUGCAUGUACUACUGACUGUGCGCUCCACAGAACUCAAACACAAUGCAGGAGAGGUGUGUUUUCCUGGGGGCAAAGCUGACCCACAGGAUCGAGAUGAAAUUGAGACUGCCUUGAGGGAGGCACAGGAGGAGAUUGGCCUUCCUCCUGAUGGAGUAGAAGUGGUUUGUAAACUCUGGCCAGUAUUGAAUCUGAGGGGCCUUCUGGUGACCCCAGUGGUGGGUUUCAUCAGCGAGUCAUUCCGAGCAUGCCCGAACCCAGCCGAAGUGAGCGAGGUGUUCUGUGUUCCUCUGGAGUUUUUCCUCAAGGAUGAUAAUCACUCAUCCUAUCCUGUACCCAGCAUAGGUAGCUUUACACACAGUUUCAUUUUCACUGAUCCAAUUACUGGUAAGGUGAAUCAGAUAUGGGGACUGACAGCGUUUCUGCUCAUAAUAUUGGCUAUGCUAUCCCUUGGAAAAGAGCCAGAGUUCAGGAUGGGUUUUGACAUGGACAAACCAGCUGCUUGUCUUCGUCGCUUCCUAGAACAAAGGCUAAGCAAGUUAUGAGUACAUAAAUACUGCACAAUUAGAGUAGAUGGUGAUUAAAAUGUGUAUUAAUAUUGCCUCCUGGUGAAAGAUUACUUUCAUCAACAUCCUAAUCAGUAAAUACCUAAACAGUGCUAUAAGUGCCCCAUGGGUUUCUGGACAUUACCUAGCUGUACACAGCUGCAGAAUCAGAUCAUACAGCCAUGGUGCACUGUCUUGAGUAGUGUUUUUGGUUCUUUUUCUGUUGACUUAUGAUGUCCGUUACAGUUCUCUCUGGGUCUACAGUGUAAUUGCAAUAGUACAAUUUUGUUGCUAAUGUCAGGGUGCACUAAUUUUAAAUAUGUCAUGACAAAAUAUUUAAGAAAUCAGAAUCUUAACCAAAGCUAGUAUCAGGUGCCCCAUUUAUAAAGAGAACUUAAAUGUACAGCAAGCUUUGUACCCAACAUACCUAGCAGUUAACCAGUACUACUACCAUUUACUAUGUAAAUAUAUUUUUUAAUUGUUAUAUAAAUCCUCAAGGUUGUCUUGGUCUGAGAAACAUAAUCUUUUGGUGUGCUACAAAUAGUGAGGUUUCAUUUAUAUACUUCCACAUAUACUGCUGAAAUCAGUCUAUUGAGCUGGUAAACCUUGGUGCAGAAUGGUUUGUGUAAUGCACAGUAUAAAUUAAAACAUAUUUCAAAACCUGG